UCUGCUGCUGACUCACGAGGAAAUCUCCAGAUCUGUCUCUCAGCUUCUUUUCAGUAAAAACUCUCAAACUUCACAUCUGUGGUGUUUUAUUCCCUCAAAACUUUUUUUUUUUUUUUGUUCUUCACUGUGCGUCUUUACGCACAGCUAUUCAUUCUUUGAGUCUUUUUUUUUUUAAAUAAAUCACGACGUGCUCACCUGAACGUGCGCGUGCACGCGGGCGCCUCACGAGCUGUUGACGUCUCGUCGAGGCGCGAGCACCACAGGUGAGCUCCGGAGCUCCUCGCGCCUCAAAGCUGUGAUUUUAAAGGAGCCAAAAUGAGCAAAUCCAAGAACAAGAGCGACAACAAGACGGAGAAGGCCCUGGCCGCGGAGAAGGAGCAGUUUGGGAAACAGCAGCUCCAAAGCAUCACUAAGAUCGUCGCCUCGUCUGAAACGCCGCCGAAGGAGAAAUAUGUCCGCAAUAUCAUCCUGGGGAGUCACAAAGAGGGCGGAGCCACCACCUUCUGGUCCUACGUCCUCAACCUGCCGCUGUCCAGCAACUCCAUGGUCAGCUGGAAGUUCUGCUACCUGCUGCACAAAGUGCUGCGAGGAGGACACCGCAACGUGGUCACAGACUCCCACAGACACUGCCGUACGGUGAAAGACAUGGGCGUCCUGUGGGGAAACUUGCACGAUCGAUACGGUCACAUCGUGGCCUUGUACGCCAAAUUCCUCGGUCACAAGAUGGAUUUCCACGCCAAGCACAAAGUGAUCCCGGCCAACCUGGAGGCCAGCGACGAGACUCUGGAGAGGGAGGCGGGGACGGACAUGACCAGAGUGCUGGACAUGACCAACGAGCUGCUGGACUACAUGGAAGCCGGGCUGAAGAUGGCCGAGACGGUUCUCCGUCAGGUCGACGCCAACCAGGCCAAGUCGACGACGCCGGCGGGCCAGUGCCGGCUGACGCCGCUCAUCCCGCUCAUCCUGGACUGCAGCUUCCUCUACCACUUCUCCGUGCGGCUGCUCUUCAAGCUGCACAGCCGCAUCUCUCCGGACGUCCUGCUGGGACACAGGGAGCGCUUCAGGGACCUGUUCACCAGCCUCACUCAGUUCUUCAGCCGAGCCCGAGAGGAGGAGUUCUUCAAGAGCAAGAUCCAGAUCCCGGAUCUGCCCGACGCCCCGCCCAACUUCCUGCGAGCCGCCGCCUUGGCCGAGUACAAGAAGCCGGUGGUGCUGAUGCCCGGCGAGGAGCGCCCGGAGGACGAGGACCCGGUGGAGCCGCAGCCGGACCUCAGGGAUUCCCUCCAGACGCCCCAGUACUACAUGGUGAGCCAGAUGGGGGCGCCGGAACCGGCGCCGGAGAACGAGAGCCUGAAGAGGGAGCUGGAGGUCCUGAAACCCGAGCUGCAGCUCAUCAAGUCGGAGGCCCAGAGGUGCGUGGUGGAGCUGAAGGCCCAGGUGAACCGGCUGGAGGCGGAGCUGGAGGAGCAGCGCUCGCACAAGCAGGUGGCGCUGGUGGAGAAGGAGCAGCUGCGCAUGGAGGUGGAGGCGCUGCGCUGCGCCAACGUGGCCAACGUGGGCGCUCAGAUCGGCUUCAAGGAGGCCGACGGUCGAGCUCAGGCCGCGGAGCUUCGCUUCAGCCAGCUGAAGGAGCGGCACGCCGAGCUGGUGACGAGCCACGCCGACCUGAUGAAGAAGAAUGCGGAGACGGUGAAGCAGCUGUCCAGCAGCCGGCAGCAGCAGGACGAGCUGCUGCAGACCAACAGCCACCUGCAGGGGGAGCUGCAGAGCGUCCGGCAGGAGCAGAGGAGCUCGGCCGACCUGCAGCGGCAGGAGGUGGAGCGGCUGAACAGGGAGCUGCUGGAGCAGAGAGCCGAGCUGGCGGCGCUGCGCAGCAGCCUGCAGAGCAAGGAGCUGGAAGGCUCUCAGGCCGCCAGCGGCCUGGCGGCGCUGCAGGCGGAGCGGGACGCGCUGCUGCGCUCGGCCCGGGAGAAGGAGGCGGAGCUUUCCUCGCUGCGGCUGCAGGCGCAGCAGCAGCAGAGCGUCCAGGACCUGGAGAGGGAGCGGAGCAGCCGGGAGCUGGAGGCCCUGAGGGCCCAGCUGCAGCAGCAGCUCGCCAUCAACGCCGAGCAGAAGCUGGAGUUGGAGCGUCUGAGGCGGGAGCUGGACGCCACCCGGGCGGAGCUGGCCCGGGCCACCAGCGCCCUGCAGAGCCAGGAGACGAGCGGCUCCCAGCUGAGCAGCUCGCUGGCCGGCCUGCAGGCGGAGAAGGAGGCGCUGCUGCGCUCGCUGAGGGAGCAGGAGGCGCAGCUCGCCGGCCUCCGCCAGCAGGCGCAGCUGCAGGUCGGCUCGGCGGAGCAGGAGAGGCAGCGCAGCAGCGCCGAGCUGAGCAGCCUGCAGGCGCAGCUGCAGCAGCAGGCCUGCAGGGAGAACCAGCUGUGCCAGCAGCUGCAGGACGAGCAGUUCUGCCUGCUGCAGUGCGCCGUGGUGGAGGCCGAGGGCAUCGUGCUGGACGCCGUGGCCAAGCUGGACGACCCCGUCCACGUCCGCUGCAUCAGCUCGCCGGAUUAUUUGGUGAACCGAGCUGAAACCACUCUGGCGUCCAUCGAUAAAAUGCAGCACAGCCACAUGGUCUACCUGGGGAACCGAAACGACGCCAGCGGCCUGCUGAGAGCCGUCACGCAGUUUUCUCACCUCGCCGCCGACACCAUCGUGAACGGAGCGGCGACGUCGCACUCGGCUCCGACCGACCAGGCGGACCGCUUGACGGACGGCUGCCGGGACUGCGCCAACCACUGCCUGCAGUUCCUGAAGGACCUGAAGCUCCAGGCCAGCCUGCCGCGCGCCGACCCGUCCGCCAUCCGCUACACGGUGCAGCGCCUCCUCACGCUGGGACAGGAGCUGCGGCCCAAAGGCCAGGACGUGCUGAAGGAGGAGCUGGGCAGCAUGGUGGACAAGGAGAUGAUCGCCACGUCCACCGCCAUCGAGGAGGCCGUGCUGCGGAUGGACGAGAUCCUCAGUCAAGCGAAGAAAGACACGACGGGGAUCAAACUGGAGGUCAACCAGAGCAUCCUGGGAUCCUGCUCCGACCUGAUGAAGGCCGUCCACAUGCUGGUGACAGCAGCUACUGACCUGCAGAAAGACAUCGUGGAAUCAGGAAGGGGCGCUGCCUCCGUCACCGAGUUUUACGCCAAGAACUCUCGCUGGACGGAAGGACUGAUCUCCGCCUCCAAGGCGGUGGGCUGGGGAGCGACGCAGCUGCUGGACUCGGCGGACCGGGUGGUGGCGGAGCAGGGCACGUACGAGGAGCUCAUCGCCUGCUCGCACGAGAUCGCCGCCAGCACGGCCCAGCUGGUCGCCGCCUCCAAGGUGAAGGCCGAUCGCGGCAACAAGAAGCUGAACGUGCUGCAGCACGCGUCGCGACACGUCAACGACAUGGCGGCCGUGGUCGUCACCUCCACCAAACACGGCCAGCAGCAGAUCUCCGACCACGGGACAAUGGAUUUCUCUGGCAUGUCGCUGAUUAAGCUGAAGAAAGAAGAAAUGGAGGCUCAGGUCAAGGUGUUACAGCUGGAGAGCCAGCUGGAGCAGGAGCGAGUCCGUCUGGGCGAGCUCCGGAAGAAGCACUACGAGCUGGGCGCCUCCGCCAUCGACGCCGCCGAGCAGGAGGACGCCUUCCCUCCGCCGCCGCCGCCCACGCUGCUCGACCCCGCCGACGGAGCCACGGCCGCUUUCCCCUCCACCAACCCCUUCGCACAGGGUCAGGCAGCUACGUCACUGAAUCAGAGCUACGUCACGCCAAGUCAGAGCUACACCCCGGCUCAGAGCUUCACCACACCCAGUCAGAGCUUCACCACACCCAGUCAGAGCUACACCACUCCCACUCAGAGCUUCACCACACCCAGUCAGAGCUACACCACUCCCACUCAGAGCUUCACCACACCCAGUCAGAGCUUCACCACACCCAGUCAGAGCUUCACCACACCCAGUCAGAGCUUCACCACACCCAGUCAGAGCUUCACCACACCCAGUCAGAGCUUCACCACUCCCAGUCAGAGCUACGUCACUCCCACUCAGAGCUACACUCCGAGUCAGAGCUUCAUCACGCCGGGUCAGAGCUACGUCACUCCAAAUCAGACCUACACUCCAAGUCAGAGCUACACCACCCCUCAGCCCUUCGCUCCGUCUCCACCCUUCGCCCUGACCCCGACGCAGGGUCUCCCGCCGGCUCCGUCCGCCUCGCCCUCGCAGCCGUCGGCGGGCGGCGCUCCACCCAAAGCUUCCGCUCACGGCGGAGCGGAGUCGAUCCGACAGGCCUUCAAGAAGCCGAGCAUCUUCUCGAAGUCUGGAAACAUUCUGAAGAACGCGUUCAAACGAGGUGAAACGGGAACGGGGGAGUCCUGAAGCCGAACGAAGAGGAUUCGAAAGAAAUACUUUAUUUUAAAACGUUUCACAUCAGUCAACAGUUUAAAAGGUUCUCUAAAUGAAAUCUCUAAACAAUGACGUUCUUUUGUAAUCGUUCUGGUGAUUAUUAUAUUUUCUGAUUCAUUAAAAAUCAUUUUA